AUGGUAAGGCCACCAACACCAACCUUAUACAGUCAACAAUCAGCUCACCUGAAAUACUUCGCUACCGCCAGGUCUACUUUUUCUUUCUUUCUUCCUUCCUUUCUCGAGUUUUCUUGCAACACUAACUUUCCAAACCCCUUCCAGAAAUCCCACUUCCUCGAACGAAAAAUAGAAAGCACCAACAAGUCAAGCCCAAUGCGUAAACUGCCUAAGCCCAUGCAUGCCGUUUUAACUACCUUGGUGUCUACCGCCCAGGUUGGUGCGUUAGCUCAUCUCCUAGCUUCUCCUAUCCUUUCUUCACACAUCUUUCCUAUCUUAUUUUCAUCUUCUUCCGCUUGGACUUCCUUUGCACCUCCAUCCUCAAUGGAAUUGCCGGUGAAGGCACCAGUUUCUCGCCACAAAACCUCGUAUACACUAGAAACCAAAAAUCUGUCCUACAAGUUAUGCAGCAGAUUUGAUGAGCUUAAUUGGAUUUACUGUGGAGGGACUCUAAGAAGAGCUCCUAAAGUCAUUCUGAGGGAUGUAAAAUGUGCAGCCAGUCCUGGAGAGAUUACCGCGAUUGCUGGCCCUAGUGGAGCAGGGAAGACCACAUUACUAGAGAUCCUUGCUGGAAAGAUAUCUUCGUGUGAAGUGUCCGGUCAAGUGCUGGUCAAUAGCCAGCCAAUGAAUGCAAAACAUUUUCGGAGAAUUUCCGGGUAUGUCACUCAAGAUGAUUCUCUAUUUCCAUUGCUUACAGUUAAAGAAACAUUAUUGUACAGUGCACUUUUAAGGCUACCUGGAGGUAAAAAGGAGGCUGCUAAUAGAGUGAGAAGGCUGCUGAAGGAGCUUGGACUGGAACUUGUUGCAGAUUCAAGGAUAGGUGAGGGAUCAAAUUGGGGCAUUUCCGGUGGGGAAAGGCGUAGAGUUUCAAUUGGAGUUGAUUUAGUCCACGACCCUGCUGUUGUUUUCAUAGAUGAACCAACUUCAGGUCUAGAUUCAGCAUCAGCUCUUCAUGUAGCGACUCUUCUCAAGUCCAUGGCGUUGCAUCAGGGUAAAACCAUUGUUUUAACUAUCCACCAACCUGGUUUUCGAAUACUCGAGCUCUUCGAUCGGCUUGUAUUGCUUUCCAAUGGAUAUGUUAUCCAUGAUGGCUCGCUGCAUUUUCUUGAAGAGAGACUCAAGUUUUCUGGUCAUCAGAUUCCUCUCCAUGUCAAUGUGCUCGAGUUUUCUAUUGAUGCUAUAGAAAGCCUGGCUGAGCAAAAUUCAGUGUCUCUCAACAAUCAAUGCCCUCAUGAGAUCAGAAAUAUUAGUGAAGGUCAUAUCGAGAGGACUCUAUACGCAAACAAUCAUCAAGAAAAGUCUCUUUGCUAUCCCAAUUCUAUAUUGGAGGAGGUUUUGAUACUAGGACAAAGAUUUUGCAGCAACAUUUUCAGAACUAAGGAACUGUUUGCCACAAGAGUAAUACAAGCACUGGUGGCUGGACUAAUACUUGGAACCAUAUUCUUGAAUGUUGGAAAGAAAACAGGACCGGUUGCUUUGCAGACACGAAUCGGAUUCUUUGUCUUCAGUCUCACCUUCUUGUUAUCUUCCACAACAGAAGGCCUGCCUAUUUUCUUGCAAGAAAGAAAAAUACUAAUGAGAGAGACUUCAAGAGGAGCCUAUAGAGUUUCUUCCUAUGUUCUAUCAAACACCCUCAUCUUUCUGCCUUUCCUUUUAAUGGUUGCUCUUCUGUACUCUACCCCAGUUUAUUGGCUAGUUGGUUUGAGGAGCUCAAUCUACGGAUUUCUUUACUUCUCUCUGGUGGUGUGGAUGGUGAUUUUGAUGUCGAAUUCUUUCGUUGCUUGUUUCAGUGCGCUAGUGCCUAAUUUCAUAAUGGGGACAUCAGUUAUUUCAGGAUUGAUGGGAUCUUUCUUUCUAUUUUCCGGGUACUUCAUAUCGAAGAGUAAGAUUCCUAGUUACUGGAUUUUCAUGCACUAUUUGAGUUUGUUUAAGUACCCAUUUGAAUGUUUUUUAAUAAAUGAAUAUGGAGGAGAGCAAGGCAACAAGAGGUGCUUAGAGUAUGAUAAAGGGGAAUGCAAUCUUUAUGGAAGUGGGUUCCUAAGACAGCAAGGUCUAAAAGAUUCACAAAAAUGGAGCAAUUUAGCUGUGAUGUUUGGUUUCAUUAUUGGAUACAGAGUGCUAUGCUUUGUGAUUUUGUGGUUUAGAUGUUACAGAAGAAGAUAA